UUGCAGCCGUACGCCUGACGCCGCACCGCAAUUGCCCACCACCACCACGCCCAAGCCCAUCGCCCACCAUGUCCUCCAUCAUUGCCCGCGCCGCCUUCCGCGCCGCCCCGCGCAUCCAGCACGCCCCCGCCCUCCGCCGCUGGGCCAGCGCCGCCGCAGACGGCGAGCGACAGCGCAGCAAGGAAGCCCUCAAGGCGGGCGCAAAGCGCGACCCCGAGCUCUACGUGCUCCUGGCCAUCAUGAGCGGCAUCUUUGGCCUGGCCGGAUGGCAUUUCUCGCGCUCCCCCACCAGCGCCUCUUCGGAGCGAACUGUCGCCAAGGCCUCGGACAGCGAGCCCUGGAAGCAGGAGGGCAGCACCAGCCCCUACCAGUACCACCCGGGCGGUGACACCAGCAUCAAGAAGGAUGCCCCUUCGGCCCUCAACGUCGUUGUCAUCCCCAACGUCACUCUCCCCAAGGAACUCCACGACACCUACAACAAGUGGGGCAAGGAUGGCUACUGAAAAAAAUCCCAACCAACUGUGUGUGUGAACAAACCUCUCGCUCCUUCCCGGCUGGAAAAACAAUGCUGCGCCCCAUGGCGAGUUGCCAAAUUUCCGCCCUCUUUUCAACAUUAUGCGUCUGUCUUGUACAUAGGGUCCAACAAACGGGAGCCUUGUGCUCUGACAUCGAAUCUUGGCCUUGAAUUUUUGCAUCUCCAUGACACACUC